AUGGAAUUAGAGGUUCAAAGAAUACAUGCAUGUCCAAAUGAUUGUAUGUUGUACAGAAACCAGUUUGAAAAAACUCAUACGUGUUAUAUAUGUGGUGAACCGAGGUACAAACGUAAAAAUGAUACUGGUGAAUAUGAUGACGAUGUGACGAAAAAUGGACCAGCGGCUAAAGUAUUGUGGUAUUUCCCCAUUAUACCAAGAUUAAAGCGUUUAUUUGCAAAUCCUAAAGAAUCAAAGUUGUUGCGUUGGCAUUCUGAUGAGCGUAAGGAUGAUGGAAAGUUAAGACAUGUGGCGGAUUCACCUCAGUGGAGAAACUUUGAUUAUGAUUAUCCGGAUUUUGGUAACGAGGGUCCAAAACAACCUGGUAAUGACAUUGAUGUUUAUUUGUCUCCUUUGAUUGAUGACCUUAAAGCCCUAUGGAGCCCUGGUGUAGAAAUGUACGAUGCUUAUGAAAAAGUGAACUUUACGCUCUUGUUAGGUUUAUUGUUAAACAUUCCUGGAAAAACUAAAGAUGGGAUUAAUGCCCGUAGAGACAUGGAAGCUAUGGGAAUACGUAAAGAGCUUGCCCCUGUUGAGAGAGCCAAUAGUAUUUAUCUUCCACCCGCAUGCUAUACUAUGUCAGGCGAAGAAAAAAGAAAGUUUUGUGAAUGUUUGCAUGAUAUUAAAGUUCUAUCUAAUUAUUCUACAAACAUUAAAAGUCUGGUGUCAAUGAAAGAUUGUAAAUUACUUGGCAUGAAGUCUUAUGAUUGUCAUGUUUUGAUGAUGCAUAUGAUUCCUAUUGCAAUUCGUGGAUUGUUACUUGAGGAAGUUCGACAUACAAUUACAAAACUUUGUUUGUUUUUCAACAUGAUUCACUCAAAGGUUAUUGAUCCCGAAGUCUUGGAUAAGUGGGAGAAGGAUAUAUAUAUUACCCUUUGUGAACUAGAGAUGUACUUUCCACCAUCUUUCUUUGAUAUAAUGGUUCAUCUAGUAUCUCAUGUCGUAAAAGAGAUAAAGUCUUGUGGUCCUGUAUUCCUACGAUACAUGUACCCCUUUGAAAGAUAUAUGGGUGUGUUAAAGGGUUAUGUGAGAAACCGUAAUCAACCAGAGGGUUAUUUGGAAGGCGUCAAAAGUAUUGGUGUUCCUAAAUCUCGUCAUUCAGGCCGACUUGCAGGCGCGGGAGGAGUUGGUAAGCAAUUAAUCACCCCACCAUCUGAUGAGUUGCAAAUUGCUCAUUUUACUGUUCUACAACAUAUGAUAUGUAUUGCUCCGUAUGUUAAUGAACACAAGAAAAUAUUACGAUUGACACACUUGCGCAAGUCAAAUAAUUGGUAUGCCAAACAACAUAACAAGGGGUUUUCCGCUUGGUUGAAGAAAAAGGUGGAGGAAACUUAUGGUGAACCAAAUGUUGAUAAGACGGUGGAGAGGUUGGGAAUGGGGCCAGACUUUAGAAAAUUUGGUGUUGGUGUAGCAAUCGAAAGAGAAAACCUAAAAAUAAAGUUGCAAUACGUCCAAAAUUAUAUGGACAUCUAA